AUGCGGAAAUCCAGAAAUUCAGAAAUUCAGAAAUUCGGAAAUUCAGAAAUCCAGAAUUCCAGAAAUUCAGAANNAUUUCUUAGCUCCGCCCACUUUUCUCUCUCUCUCUCUCUCUCUCUCUCUCUCUGUCUCUCUCUCUCUCUCUCUCUCUCUCUCUCUCUCUCUCUCUCUCUCUCUCUCUCUCUCUCUCUCUCUCUCUCUCUCUCUCUCUCUCUCUCUCUCUCUCUCUCUCUCUCUCUCUCUCUCUCUCUCUCUCUCUCUCUCUCUCUCUCUCUCUGUCUCUCUCUCUCUCUCUCUCACACAAUCAAUCUCUCUCACUCUGCGUCUCCCUCUCUCUAA